GCUUCUGCAGCCCUAACAAAGCGUCCUCCCUGUUCGCAGAGCUCCGGAGGCGGGCGGCCGGCUGCGCGGGCGCCCCGAGAGGCCGACAGGAGGUGAGCGCCGUGGGCUAUGGGAUGGAUGAGGUGGAGCAGGACCAGUAUGUGGCCCGACUCAAGGAGCUGUUUGACAGUUUUGACACGACGGGCACCGGGUCUCUGGGGCAGGAGGAACUCACUGACCUUUGCCACAUGUUGAGCUUGGAGGAGGUGGCCCCGGUGCUGCGACAGACGCUACUUCAGGACAACCUCUUGGGCAGGGUACACUUUGAUCAAUUCAAAGAAGCAUUAAUACUUAUCUUGUCUAGAACUCUAUCAAAUGAAGAACACUUUCAAGAACCAGGUAAGGGCAUUAACUUUUCUUCUCUGUGUUGCCCAUUAAAAGUUGUCCUGGGCUCGGCGCCUCACUGGAAGACGCAACACAGUGAGGAGUACGAGGCAGAAGGCCAGUUGAGAUUUUGGAACCCAGAUGAUUUGAAUGCCUCGCAGAGUGGCCCUUCCCCUCCCCAAGACUGGAUAGAAGAGAAACUACAAGAAGUUUGUGAAGAUUUGGGGAUCACCCGCGAUGGUCACCUGAACCGAAAGAAGCUGGUCUCCAUCUGCGAGCAGUAUGGUCUGCAGAAUGUGGACGGAGAGAUGCUUGAGGAAGUAUUCCAUAAUCUCGACCCUGAUGGUACAAUGAGCGUAGAAGAUUUUUUCCAUGGUUUGUUUAAAAACGGAAAAUCCCUGACACCAUCAGCGUCCACUCCAUACAGACAGCUGAAACGGCACCUCUCCAUGCAGUCUUUCGAUGAGAGUGGGCGACGUACCACGACCCCAUUGGCAAUGACGGGAACCACCGGCUUCCAGGUCUUCUCCUGCCUAGACGACGGGAUGGGCCACACGUCUGUGGAGAGAGUACUCGACACCUGGCAGGAGGAGGGCAUUGAGAACAGCCAAGAGAUCCUGAAGGCCUUGGAUUUUAGCCUCGAUGGAAACAUCAACUUGACAGAACUGACGCUGGCUCUUGAAAAUGAACUUUUGGUCACCAAGAACGGCAUUCACCAGGCAGCUCUGGCCAGCUUUAAGGCUGAGAUCCGGCAUUUGUUGGAACGAGUUGAUCAAGUGGUCAGAGAAAAAGAGAAGCUGCGGUCAGACUUGGACAAGGCUGAGAAGCUCAAGUCCCUGAUGGCCUCAGAAGUGGACGAUCACCAUGCGGCCAUAGAGCGGCGGAAUGAGCACAACCUCAGGAAACUAGAUGAAGAGUACAAGGAGCGAAUGGCGGCCCUGAAGAGCGAGCUCCGGAGGGAGAGAGAGCAGAUCACGCAGCAGAUGGGCCGGCAGCGUGUGGAACUCGAGCAGGAGAUCGAAAAGGCCAAGACCGAGGAGAGCUACAUCCGGGACCGCCUGGCCCUCUCUUUAAGGGAAAACAGUCGUCUGGAAAAUGAGCUUCUGGAAAAUGCAGAGAAGUUGGCAGAGUAUGAGAAUCUGACAGAUAAACUUCAGAAAAAUCUGGAAAAUGUGUUAGCGGAAAAGUUUGGUGACCUUGAUCCCAGCAGUGCGGAAUUCUUUCUGCAAGAAGAGAGGCUGACACAGAUGAGAAGCGCGUAUGAGCAGCAGUGCAGGAUAUUACAAGACCAAGUGGAUGAACUCCAGUCUGAGCUAGAAGAAUACCGUGCUCAGGGCAAAGUCCUCAGGCCUCCUCUGCAGAAUUCACUGUCAGAAGAACUUGAUGUCAGCAGCGGUGGCGGUGGUGUUGAGGCCGACCAGGGGCUGGGUUCUGAAGAGUGCAACCCCUCGAAUAUGAGCAUCGAGGCAGAGCUGGUCAUCGAACAGAUGAAAGAACAACAUCACAGGGACUUACGCUGCCUCCGACUGGAGCUCGAAGAUAAAGUGCGACAUUACGAGAAGCAGCUGGACGAGACCGUGGUCACCUGUGAGAAGGAGCGGGAGGACAUGAGGCAAAGGCAUGAGAACGAAAUACAAACCCUGGAGAAACAGAUUCGGGACCUUCAACAUGAGAUCGCCGAACUUCAGGGGCAGGCGUCGGAGCUCAGGGAGGCGCACGUGGAGGCGGCGCGCGGGCACGAGCGGGAGAAAGCGCGGCUGCGGGCGGAGUUGGAGCAGGAGGCGGCGGGCCUGCGGGAGGCGCUGCGGCGGGAGCACGAGCGGGAGCUGGCGGCCAGGCUGGCCCGGGUCGAGGAGGACUUCGAGCGCGAGAGGGAAGGGCUGCGCCGGAACAGCGCCUGGACGGACGAGAAGGUGCGGGGCCUGACCCGGGACCUGGAGCGCCUGCACCAGGAGCAGCUGGCCCGCCUGCAGGAGCAGCACGCGCGCGAGAAGGAGGAGCUGAGAAGGGAGCUCGUGGAAAAGCACCAGCGGGAGCUUCAGGAGGGCAGGGAAAAAAUGGAAACAGAGUGUAAUAGAAGAACCUCUGAGAUAGAAGCCCAGUUUCAGGCUGACUGUCAGAAGGUCACUGAGCGGUGUGAGAGUGCCCUGCAGAGCCUAGAGGGGCGCUACCGCCGAGAGCUGACCGACCUCCUGGAACAGCAGCACGAGGAGAAAUCCCAGUGGGAGUUUGAGAAGGACGAGCUCACCCAGGAGUGUGCCGAAGCCCAGGAGCAGCUCAAAGAGACCCUUCAGAGAGAGAAAGCAACUUCCCUGGUCCUGACCCAGGAGAGAGAGAUGCUGGAGAAAACGUACAAAGAGCAUUUGAACAGCAUGGUCAUCGAGAGGGAGCAGCUGCUCCAAGACCUGGAGGACCUACGAAAUGUGUCGGAAAGCCAGCAAAGUCUGCUGUCUGGCCACAUCCUUGAGCUGAAGAGCAGUCAGGAGAGAGAGCUGAGGGACCGUGAGCAGGUCCUCUGCCAGGCAGGGGCCUCGGAGCAGCUGGCCAGCCAGUGGCUUGAAAGGCUGGAAAUAGAACGGGACCAGGAAAGACAGGAAAUGGUGUCCAAGCUUCAGGCGCUGGAGAGCAUCCACAAAGUGACCUGUGAGAAAGCAGAUCGCCAGAGGGCUGACAUGAGCGCAGAAAUCUCCAGGCUCCAGAACAAAAUCAAGGAAAUGCAGCAGGCAGCAUCCCCUCUCCCCAGGCCUCAGAGUGACUGUCAGGCGGCAGAAACAGAGGAGAUGGAAGGAAGGGGAGCCAUGUCCCUGCUUCAGCAAGGGGAGCGGCUAUUGGAAGAAAAUGGGGAUGUCCUCCUCAGCCUGCAGAGAGCACAUGAGCAGGCAGUGAAGGAAAAUGUGAAAAUGGCUGCAGAAAUUUCUAGGUUACAACAAAGGUUGCACAAAUUAGAGCCAGGGUCAGUGAUGUCUUCUUGCUUAGAUGAGCCAACUCCUGAGUGUUUUGGAAAGUCUUCAGAACGCACAGAGCUGUUCUUACUGCAAAACCAAAUGAAGCGAGUGGAAGGUGCAGCCAGAAGCCACAUCCUGAGUGACCCAGAAGGCAGCGAGGUCCAGGACCUGGAAAGUACAGGGACAAGCUCUGCUCGGAGGCAGGAGGUCAAAACAGAGGACUCGGAAGCUUCCAUAGAGAGUUUUUCUGAGCUCGAAAAUAGUGAAGAGACCAAGACUGAAAGCUGGGACCUGAAGAAUCAGAUUAGUCAGCUUCAGGAACAGCUAAAGGUCUUACGUGCAGACUGCGAUCGAGCUUCUGAAAAGAAACAGGACCUACUUUUUGAUGUUUCUGUGCUGAAAAAGAAGCUGAAGAUGCUUGAGAGAGUCCCUGAGGCUUCCCCCAAGUAUAAGUUGUUAUAUGAAGAUGCCAGCAGAGAAAAUGACUGCCUUCAGGAGGAGCUGAGGAUGGUGGAGACGCGGUACCACGAGGCGCUGGAAAAUAACAAGGAGCUCACCGGAGAGGUUCUCAGGCUGCAGGAGGAGCUGAAGAAAAUAGAGGAAGUGGCAGAAACAUUCCUUAGCCUGGAAAAGAGCUAUGAUGAGGUGAAAACAGAAAACGAGGAGCUGAAUGUUCUAGUUCUGAGGCUACAGGGGAAGAUUGAGAAGCUGCAGGGAAGAGCAGCCCGGCAGUGUGACUGCUUCUCCUCGUGGGAGGCCAGUUCAGAUAACCUGGAAGUCGAGCCUGAUGAAAAGACGCUUGAACUUGGUCAGACACUGGAAGAGCACACGCCCACAGGUAUGAGCGUACACCGUGGUAUGGAAGGCUGUAAACAAGAAAACUGUGAGCAGGGGAACCCAGGGCUCUUGGAAAGCAGAAAAGCACGUGAAAUGGCCUGGUUACCUGGAACAAUUCAGACACAUCAAGAAAAGCCAAGAGAACAGAAUCAAGUCUUCCCGGAGGAAAACCUUGGCCUCCUGGGCUUUCAAGAGAAACAUUUUCAGUAUCAGGCCACAAUAGCAGAGUUAGAGCUGGAGAAAAAAAAGCUACAGGAGCUGACAAGAAAGUUGAGGGAGAGAGUCACUACUUUAAUUAAGCAAAAAGAUGCCCUUUCUCCAGGAGAGGAGGAGGAGGAGCUGAAGGCAAUGAUGCAUGACUUGCAAGUCACCUGCAGUGAGAUGCAGCAAAAGGUUGAGCUUCUGAGAUACGAAUCUGAAAAGCUUCAAGAGGAGAAUUCUAUUUUGAGAGAUGAAAUUACUACUUUAAAUGAAGAAGAUAGCAUUUCUAACCUGGAAUUAGAGAAAUUAAAUGGAUCUCAGGAAGAAAUGUGGCAAAAAAUAGAAACUGUAAAACAAGAAAAAACGGCAGUGCAGAAGAUGGUUGAAAAUUUAAAGAAACAGAUUUCAGAAUUAAAAAUCAAAAACCAACAGUUGGAUUUGGAAAAUACAGAACUUAGCCAAAAGAGCUCUCGAGAUCAGGAAGAACUACAAGAACUUAAUCAACGCCUGGCAGAAAUGCUACGCCAGAAGGAAGAAGAGCCAGGGAACGGUGCAUUCGAGGACUGGGAACAAGAGAAGUCUAAUCUGGAAGAGGAGUUGGGACGCUGCAAAGAGCAGUCCUCCAGGUUAGUGUCUUCUCUGGAGGCAGAACUUUCUGAAGCUAAAAUACAAACCCAUACCCUGGAACAGGAGAACCUCCUUCUCAAGGAUGAACUGGAGAAAGUGAAACAGCUGCGCAGAUGUCCUGAUCUCUCUGACUUCCAGCAAAAGAUUUCUAGCGUUCUAAGCUACAAUGAAAAAUUGCUGAAAGAAAAGGAGGCUCUAAGUGAAGAAUUAAAUAGCUGCGUUGACAAGUUGGCAAAAUCAAGUCUUUUAGAGCACAGGAUUGCUACGAUGAAGCAGGAACAGAAGUCUUGGGAGCACCAAAGUGAGAGCUUAAAAUCACAGCUGGUGGCUUCCCAGGAAAAGGUUCAGGACUUAGAAGAUGCCCUGCAGAGCGUAAACCUGCAAAUGUCUCAGAUUAAAGCUGACCUACGAGUAACUCAGCAGGAGAAGGAGGCUUUAACACAAGAAGUGGUGUCUUUACACCAGCAACUUCAGAAUGCUAGCGACAAGAACUGGGCCCCGGAGACAGCUACCCACCCACCAGGGUUCCAUAACCUGCAGCAAAGGCUUUCUUGGGGCAAGUUGGACCAUCUGAUGAAUGAGGAACAGCAGCUGCUUUGGCAAGAGAACGAGAGACUCCAAACUGUGGUUCAUAACACCAAAGCAGCUCUCACACACUCCCGGGAGAAGGUCCGUCAACUGGAAUCCAACCUUCUUCCCAAGCACCAAAAACAUCUAAACCCAUCAGGUCCUGUGAAACCCACAGAGCAAGAAAAGUUUAACUUAAAGAGAGAGUGUGAACAGUUUCAGAAAGAGCGAGCUCCUGCACACAGAAAGGUCAGUCAGAUGAAUUCCCUUGAACGAGAAUUAGAAACAGUUCAUUUGGAAAAUGAAGGCCUGAAAAAGAAACAAGUAAAACUGGAUGGGCAGCUCGUGGAGAGGCCACACCUGAGGUCCACUGUGACGCUUAGCCCGUCCCCUCACGCCUGGGAGCUGCAGCUGCCCCAGCAGCCAGCCUGUCCGAUGGUGUCCAGGGAGCAGUUUCUGCAGCUGCAGCACCAGCUGCUGCAGGCAGAGAGGAGAAACCAGAGCCUGCAGGAGGAACUGGAGAGCCGGGCCUCAGAGCUCCAUGCGCCGCAGGGGAGCCAGGAGCACCUGGUGAGUGUCAUGGAGGAGCGGAUGAUGGAAGUCGAACAGAAGCUGAAACUGGUGAAGAGGCUUCUCCAGGAGAAAGUGAAUCAGCUCAAAGAACAAGUGAGCCUCUCUGGACACCUCUGUCCGCCCACCUCACCCUCCAGCUUUUGCUCUGGUUUUAUUUCCCUUUAUUGCCAUUAAUUUGUUAACUUGUGCUGUCUAAUAAAGGCAAAUUCUAUU